AUGGCCGCGGUCGAUUCAACAGAAUGCUUGGAUUUCCUACAAUUUCAGGAUAUAUUAAAAAAGAUGAGAGAGUUAGAUGAUAAGAUAAUAUACACAUUAAAUGUCACACUUCCGACUGAAUCAUUUAAAAGUCAAAAUGACUCUUCUACAGCUUGCAAAGAAUUAUAUGGACAAUUACAACAAAGCUUUGAUAAAAGGGAAAAAGCUAUUCAAAAAUGUAUAAAUUUUAGUCGAAAUAAAGUAAUAGAUUUAAAAAAGCUCAAAGAAUCAAAUGGGGAAAACAUGGAUGUUAUAAAAGCAUUGAGAAAAGAACAAUCAAAGACAAAUAUUUUUGAAGAAGUAGUAAAAGACAAAACAUCAAAAGUUUUAUAUGAAAGAUGUAGAAUGCAUUAUGUACCACCAAAUUUUAAUAUUUAA